AUAAAUAGAGAAUAUUCAUCAACAAACACAGGUACAAGUUUUAAAUUGUUUCAGUGAUUUAAGGAAAAUGGGUUCCAAGGCUUUGCUCGUCCUUGUUGUGUUCUUGGCUUUUGUCCUCGUUCUUUCUGGUGAAGUUGCACCCGAAGAUAUGGAUGAGAAUUUUCAUGCAAAUGAUGGUGUUGCUGAUACAAAUAUGGUAGAUGAAAUGAAAUAUAGUUACAGUAGUUGGCGAACUGGUGCUGCACUGCCUUGUCCUCCUAAUUGCUGUUAUGUGUUCCAUGGAAAGUGUAUACCGUGCUGCUGAACCGCAUAACUAAGUAGGAACUUUUGCUAAGAAUUAGUUGUUGCUAUCACUAUUGCUAUGUAUAGAUAAAGAGAAAUGCUAGCAACACAAACUACAUGAGAAGUGUAGUUAUGCAUGGAAUAAAAAUGAAAAUCCCUCAUACUUAAUAAAAGAAUGUUAGAUUAAUUUGACAU